AUUCGAUUUGACGUUCGUACCUUGGUGUUAGGUGUUAGGUUAUGUUAUGCUUUUGUUUAUCAUUCACUCUGUGAAGAAGUGUGUCGUUCUCUUGAGGGGUUUUUGUUGCUCACAGACCACUCACAGUUGGGAAAAAGUUAUUCAUUUGAUAAAUGGUAGUCUAAACCCCUUUGUAUAAUGAGCAAUCGAAACUAUUACUCUAGGAAUCAAGAGCAUUCACAGGGUCAGAGCACUCGAUUAGAAAGUUGGAAUAGUAAUCAGUAUGAAUCUAAAUUCAGACAAAAUAAUUGGGGACAAGAAGGGAGUAUGAGUAACCAACAUCGCGAACAAUGGGUUAGAGGACGCAGAGGAUGUGAGCCAUGCAAUAGAGAGGAAAGGGGCUAUGAUCGAAAUCAAAGAGGAUAUACAACUCCUGGAGGAGAUCGUAGACAAUUUAGAGGGCGAGGCAGAGGUUUUUACUCACGGCAGAAUACUCCAUAUGAUAGACCAACAAAUUCCAGGAGGUUUAAAGAUAAUGUGCCUAGUGAAGAAAUAAAUACGGCUAGUUUAUCACCAUUAGACAUAAAGGUCAAUAAUUUAAUAAAUGCAGUUCAGUCUCAGCAUCCUGUUAUAGGUCAAAUAAUAUUCACUCAAAUUUGUAAUGAAAAUCCAACAGUAUUAUUGCAAAAUGCUAUACAAGCAUUAAGGAACUGUACCAUAAAUGUGCUACAGAACCAGCAAAGUGGCUUGUAUGAGUUGAAGAUAAAUGGAGAUAAAUUUGCAGAGGGGCCCUUUCCAUCAGCUAAACAAGCAAAAAGCACUUUGUUUGAAAAUGUUUUUCAUGAUUUGAAAGAUAAAUGCUUUCUCAUUACUAAAAAGCGUAAUUAUGAAGAAGUGACCACAGAUGAGAUUAAUAAGGUCAAAGAAGAAGGGAAUGCCCCCAGCAGCAGUAAUGACUUGGGCGAGAACAGUAAAGCUUACCAAAUGAUGCUUAAAAUGGGUUGGGGUGGAAAAGGACUUGGAUCUCAAGAGCAAGGUCAAGAGAAAACAGUUGCAGAAUUGAUUACUGAGAAUAUCACAAAAGAAGGACUUGGCAGCAAGAACGUUAUGGAAGAGAUAGAUAGGAUCAUGAGGGAGUUUGCUCAAUCGACAAAACUGUCCACUCUAGCAUUUGAUUCAAGUUUCACAAAGGAGGAAAGGGCUCGAAUGCACACGAUUGCAUCAAAAUAUCAUUUGAAGUCAAAGAGUGAAGGAAAAGAUGAAAACAGGAGAAUAACAAUCAGUAAAAAGGUGGAUAAAUGGAGUAUAGUGAGCGAACUGUUGAGAAAUGGCUUGGAGAAUGAAUCUUAUAAAUUGCAAAUUCCAGAAAAGUUUAAAUAUUUAUGGAUAGACUCAUUGUCAUCUGAUGAAGAAGAAUGUUAACACAACUAGUCACAGCCUUUAUUGUGCAGGAUUGGGUUUUUUGAUUUUUGAAUAUACUUGAAUGUUGAACAUUCAAGUUCACAGAUAAGUUUGUAUGUCUACUUAUAUAUAUAUAGAGCUGAUAAGAAUUACAGUUCUUAUUUUUCA